GUCUCUGACUUCAUUCCCAGUGGGCGGGGUGACGACAACAGAGGGCGACAGCGGAGUGAUGUCAUUGGUGCCGAUGACCAUCUGGCUCAUAGCUCAGUCGGUGAAGUGUUUGGGGAUUACCAAACAUCGGCGGCAAGAAUGACUGGGCUGCUUGUGACCUGCUUCUGUCCGGGGGAGGAGUUUGCGGGAUUAGCGAGUCCUGACGGCGAGCCGAAGCCUUCUCUGAUGGCGUCCGUCUUCGCCGACGCGUCCGGUACUGUGGUGUGGCGAUGUCCUCGGGCCAAAGGGAGUGGAUGGGCACCAGCGAACCACCAGGGCUCCACACCAUCUCUUCGAGUUCCACGGGGGAAUAGCGGAGCGUCUCCGCCUCCAUCGCUCUCAACACCCUCCACGUACCUGCGUCCGCCUCCUCGGAGCCCGUUGCGAAAGAAGUGGCUGCUGGCUUCGUUCUGUCACGUGGUGGUGGCAUCUUACUGCGGGGUCGUUCUUUCAGGAUGCAGACGGACAACUCCGGAUGAAAGCGUGAAGGUGAAGCGCGUCUCCAUGGACCAACACACGAAACAAUACCAGGAAGGGUCAGCUGAUGUCAGCGAUGGCGGCCAGCGGUCGCUAUGGUUACGACACGCGUCAUGUGAGCAGAAUUACCCAGAGUGCAGCUGGGGUGCAGCUGAUGAAGAGGAGGAUGAAGAUGGCGGCUGUCAUGACCUGCGCACACUUCCUCUUCCUCUGGCACUCAAACGAUCUGUCAGCAAGGUGCAUCAGAGGCAGGUUCCUGUGGUCAGCAGCAGGAUGUCGUCCUGGAGACAAAAGAAGCAGAAAUCUCUGACCAAAGUAAAGAAAAAUGGCAAAGAGUUGCUGAGCUGCUUGGUGCUGUGGAAGAAGUCUUUGCAACAAAUCGGAGGUAACUUUGGGGGCGGAGUCCAGUCCUACUUCCUGCUCCUACGCUUCCUGGUGGUGCUUAACUUCCUGUCCUGUCUGCUGAUCGCUGCCUUCGUCCUCGGCCCCAGCAUAGUCUUUAGGUCCCAAGGCAGCAGCCCUGCAAACCACACUGGUCCUGAGGAAUGUUUGAAAUAUGAUCCCAGACCUCAAGGCUUGGUGCUCUUUUAUAACUACUUACUGGAUCUACUUUCAGGAACGGGCUUCGUGGAGUAUUCCUACGUCUUCUACGGUUACUAUGGCAACGCCAUGGCGGGGGACGGCGAGUUCUCCUACAACGUUCCUCUGGCCUUCAUCCUCACGGCCGUCUUCUACUUCGCCUUUUGUCUCGUCUGCAUCAUCGCUCGGACGGGCACAGCCGCCCGUGUCGCCGUGGCAACGGGAGGAAACGCCGCGGGCGACUACAGCAUGGUGGUGUUCACGGGCUGGGACUACGGUUGCCUGGGAGACCGCGCCACCAAGCUGAAGCAGAAGAACAUCCACUACAGACUGCAGGUGGACCUGGAGGAGGAAAUGAUGAAGAAGAGAGCAGCAUCUCUGACAGCCAAUCAGAAGUGUCUCUUGUAUUCUCUGCGCAUAUUAAUGAGCCUUGUUGCCAUGGCGCUCAUCAUGGCCGCCUGUUAUGGCAUCUUUGUCACCACCGUCUUUAGCCAGGGCAGAAGUGGAGACCAGGGCAUGUUGGCUGUGAUUGUGGAAUAUUUGCCCUCCAUGGUGAUCACAGCUGCUAACUUCCUGGUUCCUUUGGCCUGCGAUCAACUGGCCCUGGCUGAGAGAUAUGCUGCUAGCACCUCCGUCAUCCUGGCCUUGUUGAGGGCCGUGUUGCUGCGCCUGGUGAGUUUAGGUGUCCUGCUGUUCACCUUGUGGAGACAGAUCACCUGCCAGGUGGACAGGUCCAGGUGUCACCUGUGCCAGUAUGACCACCAGGAGUACCCGUGCUGGGAAAGCCGAGUGGGACAAGAAAUGUACAAGCUGACACUUUUCGAGCUGAUGGUGACUGUGGCUGUACUGGUCUUGGUGGAGUCCCCUCGCAGGAUGCUGGCAGACAACUGCUCCAACAAGCUGGCUCGCUGGCUCGGGCGCCAGGAGUUCGUGGUGUCCGCCAACGUGCUGAGUCUGGUGUACGGUCAGACCGUGGUCUGGACCGGGGCUCUCUUCUGCCCCCUGCUGCCCCUCAUCAACACCCUCAAGUUGGUCAUGGUCUUCUACUGCAAGAAGAUCACUCUCUUCUACAACUGUCGCCCCGCGCUCAAGACCUUCCGCUCCACCACCUCCACCUUCGUCUUCCUGGUGGUGCUCCUGGUUGGUUGGGCCAUGGCCUCCCUGGUGCUCAUCUACAGUGUGUCUCAAAUCCGUCCUUCAAUGGCAUGCGGGCCCUUCCGCUCCUUCACCUCCAUGUGGGCCAUCGUGCCAACAGUCUUCUAUCGCCUCUCUGACGUCACCAAGGAGUUUCUCUUCUUCGUCGGCUCCCAGGCCUUCUCCAUCCCUCUCUUCGCUUUGUCUUGUGUGGCGAUGUGUUACUUCAUAGCUCUGUCUGCCGUGUAUGGAAGAAGUGUUACUUUGCUGCGAGCUCAACUCAAACAGGAGGGCCGGGACAAGCAGUUCUUGGUCCAGCAGAUUGAGAAAGUCAGUGGUCUUCUUCACACGCCAACACUUUAACCAGCAACACGCUUUUUCUUUGCCUUUUAUGUUGUGAUGUAGAAAAUAGUCUGAAUGAUUCCUUUGUGCGGGAGUUAGUCCCUUUUGAUUUGACCUGAAAACGGAGUUUUAGCUGCUGUCACUGAUCUGCCGUUCACUCGCUUGGAAAAUAAUUUGUCUGUUCUAGCCGCUCAGUCUCAUUGCCAAAGUAACCGCUUCUCUAUUCUGGUUAACAGUGCACCAUUGUCUAAAAGCGGUCUGUAAUUUCCACUGUUGUAGUGUUACAUGCUCUCCCCCCCUCCCAAACUGUGCCUGCUCCCUCCUUCUCACCUUGUAUUCUGUGUCAAAGAAGCCAAGCGCAUACCUUCCACACCGGCUAAAAAUUGCUCGAGCUUUUCAAAUAAAAUCUAAGAAAGACCA